UAAGCUGGAAGAAAACUUCGUUCAGCAAUCUAACCAAUAGCGAACGACUGCAUUACGAAACGUAAAAAAAGUAAUAAUAACAAUAAUAAAUAAGCAGAAAUAUGUAGUACAUCAAUGCAAAUAUUCUGUUCUGAGUUAGAUAGAUGUUAAUAACUGAAAAUGCGAUGACGAUGAUGCUCACUUGUUUUCAAACAGUCAUAUUUUUUUCUAACGAAAUGACGAAAGAGGUUUAAUAUGUUUUUGACGUUUUAAAGAGUGAUGCAAUGAAUUGAAAGCAUGAAAAAGGUAUUAAUAUAUAUCUCUGUUGAAGUUUUCAUACAUAUUUUUUAAGAUCAUUUGAACAACUUAAGCAACAACUGUCAAAAAGAUGGUGCUUGACAUCGAUUUAUUUCGCUCUGAAAAAGGUCAUGACCCACAAGUCGUUCGUGAUUCUCAGAAAAAACGUUAUAAAAAAGUUGAACUGGUCGACCAAGUCAUUGGAAAAGAUGGAGAAUGGAGAAAAAUUCGCUUUGAAAUGGAUCAAUGGCUUAAAUUUAAAAACCUGUGUGGUAAAAUUAUUGGUGCUAAAAAAAAGGCCAAAGAAUCGGACGGUACAACGGAUCAGUUAGAUGCUAAUUUUCAUUUGAGUUUAUCAAAGUUAAGUGAAGAAUCUCUGGCACAACUCAACAUUCUACAAUUAAAAAAAGUCAGUUUCAUGAUCGAUGGUGAACUUGAAACAGUAGAAAAACAUUGUAAUAAAGUUGAGCAAGAAAGAAAUGAUACUCUACACGAAAUAGGAAAUAUUGUUCACGAAUCUGUUCCCAUUAGUGAUAAUGAGGAUAACAACGUAACAGAACGUACAUUUGGUGAUGUUGAAACUCGCAAGAAAUAUUCUCAUUUUGAUUUAAUGUACAUGAUUGAUAGUUAUGAUGGCGAACGUGGUGCAAUUGUUGCUGGCUCACGAGGAUAUUUUAUGAAAGGAGCCGCUGUUUUCUUAGAACAGGCCAUUAUUCAGUUGGCAUUGAGAAUUUUGGCAGAAAAAGAUUUCGAAGUAUUAUAUACGCCAUUCUUCAUGAGGAAAGAAAUAAUGCAGGAAGUAGCCCAAUUAAGCCAAUUUGAUGACGAACUAUACAAAGUGGUGUGUAAGAAUGAUAAACCAGAUGAGCCAAGUGACGAAGAAAAAUAUUUGAUUGCAACAUCAGAACAAGCAAUUGCUGCUUAUCAUCGAGAAGAAUGGAUCCCUGUAGAUAAAUUACCACUAAAGUAUGGUGGCAUAUCUACUUGUUUUCGACAAGAAGCCGGUUCACAUGGACGCGAUACACGAGGCAUCUUUCGUGUACAUCAAUUUGAAAAAGUUGAACAGUUUUGUAUCACAUCACCAGAAGAUAAUAAAUCUUGGCUAAUGUUUGAAGAGAUGAUUGCAAAUGCUGAAGAAUUUAAUAAAGCAUUAGGCAUACCAUACCGAAUUGUAAACAUUGUUUCAGGAGAACUGAAUAACGCUGCAGCGAAAAAAUAUGACCUAGAAGCGUGGUUUCCUGGCUCAGGAAAAUUUCGUGAACUUGUUUCUUGUUCAAAUUGUCUUGAUUACCAAUCAAGACGAUUAAAAAUACGUUAUGGUCAAACAAAAAAAUUAAAUGAAGCUACUGGUUACGUUCAUAUGCUCAAUGCAACAAUGUGUGCAACAACUCGAACAAUUUGCGCUAUAUUAGAAAACUAUCAAGUUGAGGAUGGUGUUCUUAUUCCCGAAAUAUUGAAACCAUUAAUGCCAAAAAGUAAGGAA